AUGGGGUUUACCACAGUUCUCGAACCUCGAUUCCGUUCGGCCAUCCCAGACACACCACCCGAGGUGCUUACACCGGACUCGGCCUCGUUCCCCUUACGCCAGUCAGAGGAGAAGUCCUGGAACUUGCGUGCUCCUCCAUCCCCGCCUAUGUCAAACUAUGACCCGACCGGCAAGGGAAGCGACAUGUCGUCGUCUGGAAAGGGUUCGGAGGAUACGCCGACCCGUAGGGACUCUUCCCCCGACCAGAGUGUCCCACGACAACAGCUUCCUUCCUUGAGCAGCCUCUUUGGACCACCCUCGCAAAUCGCCCCGCUCCACUCGCCCUUCUCAGAACGUUCGGGACACUAUUCUGCCUCGUCACCACUUGAUCAUCCCCUCAGGCCGACCGUGGGCUCGUCCUCGUAUUUCCCCUCGUCAGCACCAUCCGCAUCGCAACCUAGGAGCUUGUUGGAGUCAAGGUUGCCCGAGCGUCCUCAAAUACCGUCGCUAUCGCGAGUGUUUCCGGGACCACUCUCGCCCGCACCACGACAAGAGCAACGACAAGACGUCUACAGUUCCGGGAGUCAGUGGCCGGCACAGCACGAAACGAACCGGGAGUACUCUUUCGGCAGCCGCGAGCACCACCAGUUUUACCAACCAGCUGUGGAUCGGUACCCCUCUCACAUGCCGGGUGGCCGGGACGAGGGGCGAAGGACGGGUUUCCGGGAACCCCAAACGCCAAUUCUCAACCCGCCCGCGACCCCGACAAGCAGCGUUGGCUCGGAAGCGCCCCCGGCGAAGGACGGGCUAGGACCCAAGAUCUGGACGGGGACGCACUUUUUGCCACGGUUUGUUCGGGCAGCUGAAGUCCCCGGCGAGGGAAUGUGCUAUUUCUACGAUGACGGGAGCCACUGCAAGACGGUCAUCGACGGAGAGGCAGUCAACGCGCAUUGGGGUGUGACGAAGGCCGGGAAGCCGAGGAAGAGAUUGGCGAUCGCGUGCGUCACCUGUCGCGAGAAGAAGAUCAAGUGCGACCCCGACUAUCCGCGAUGUGUGCAAUGCGAGAAGUUUGGCCGGGUUUGCAAGUUUAAGAAUGCUCCCCGAGGCGGUCAUAACACAUCCCCCUCCACCCCUCCGGCUGAGGUCGAAGAUUUGCGCCGGCUAGGCGGAAUGAUCUCGCGGCCACCGACGGAUCAUCACCACCACCAUCACCAUGCCAGGCCGAGUAGCCACUCGAGCGGAUCAGUCUCACCACGGACUACGCUCCGGCCGGCGAGCCCCGACAUGUCGAGUUCGGGACCACGCAAGCUCGCUCGCGUGGGUUACGAGCACUAUAGCCCGACGACUGGACGGCAAUCACCACUUGCGCCAACGCCUGACUCAGCGCGGUCCGCUACUACUUUCUCAUGGCGGCAGCCGGAGACGUUGCCGCGGCUUCAUGACGAUGUUUUGCGGCGGGCUUGGCAAACGGAACCACGACCUGAUGCCCGUCUCGACCCGGGAGGGAGGUAUACGAGAUACGAGAAGGGGCGACAGAGAGGAGGAGCCACAGUUGCCAGUGGAGCGAGUCUACGAGCGGGGACACCCAAUAGAAACGGUGUGCGUCGGCUUACAGCUACGACGACAUCGUUAGUGAUGCGACGGCCCAAACCGCAUGCGCACGACGAAACGGCCGACCAUUUGCGAACCGGAUCUAGGUCAAUAUACCCGGAGGAAUAA